AUGGGUAACGGCGCAAAGGCUCAGCAGAAGCGUGAUCGCAACGCCAAGGAUGCGAAGCCCAAGGGCUCUCAGCUCAAGGUGAACGCCGCCGCCAAGGACAUCCAGUGCCAGAUCUGCAAGUCCACCUUCCUCAAGACCACCAAGGCUCCCGCUCUCACCGAGCACGCCGAGAACAAGCACAGCAAAGGCCUCGCCGACUGCUUCCCCGCCUUCGUUGCCGCAUAG